UCGCAUACCCCGUGCACGCGCGUACAUCGCCACCACCACCACCACCACCACCACCACCACCACCACCACCACUACCACCACCACCGUGAUGGCGGAGCUACCUCAGCCCGACAUGUCGCACCUCACCCCCGAGGAGAGGCGCAUCAUAGAGGGUGUUUUAAUGCGCCAAAAGGAGGAGGAGGAGCAGGAUCAUGAGAUUAUGAGACGAAAGCAAGAUGAGGUUCAGGUCCUCGAAGAAACGAUACGGAUGCGUUCGGAGAAACACAAAAAGGCCGGGGUUGAGCUGAACGCCACGUGUCACAUAUGCCUGAAAACCAAGUUUGCCGACGGCGUCGGCCACAUCUGCAACUACUGCGACAUCCGAUGCUGCGCACGCUGCGGCGGAAAGGUCACUUUACGGUCAAGCAAGGUGAUAUGGGUGUGCAUACUUUGCCGGAAGAAGCAGGAACUUCUUUCGAAGACCGGUCAAUGGAUGUCGAAGACGAACCUCGGUGCCGUGGACAACGCGUUGCUGCGGCAAAUGCAGGAGGACUUGCAGGUGGGUGGUCGUCAGGGACUCGCGGACCAAACUCGGGAUAAAAGACCGAAACUCGAGAGGGCGCACAGCGCGGCUGAGAAAGAGAAUUUGCCGUUAUUACAGAGAAGCGGAAACUGUCCUCUCAGGAGACAGUACUCCCAGCAAGAGCAGAUCUCGGGUCGCCGGAUGUCCACGAGCGACAGUGGGGUGGAAAUGUCCGUUUCGCCUCACGCGAGAACUUUACCGACGCCCCACGUGGUUGGUCCUUACCCGGUACAACAAACUCCGAGGCAUCCUGUAGCCUAUCCUGACGAUGAUCCCAGUUUAUACCGAAGCGAACUCGACGGUCUGAUGAGACAGCAUCUGCCAAACUAUCAGAGGCAACGAUCAACCUAUCAAGACCAGGGUACAGACCUCGGGAUGGCUUACGGUCAGAUGGACACUGGCUCCGUUCGUACGACGGUGCAUCCCUCUCAACAGCAUUCGUUGCAUCAGACACAGAGCGGACGUCCUGUUCAACCUACGUCAACAGUAGGCGUCCCGCAACAAAGGAGUUUCAGUAGCAGUGAGGAAGAGCGAAGCACACCGGAGUGCGCCAGUGACGAGCCGGACGAGUCGGAGAAGGGGAAGGGGUACUACCAGCACGCGGGAGGUCCGAAAUCAAUGUCCAGUGGUGGGCGUAGGCACAACGGAUCCCACAAUGGGCACCACGGGUCGGGCGCGGGCAUGACGGCCGCGGAGCAUAACGGCCACCAUCCACCGCGAGAGCCGCGAAAAGAAGAGAGCACUCUCGUCAGACGGAGCUUCCGAAGGUGCGGCGACGAGUGGCGCGCCGAUAGUAGGAGGUUCACGGAGAGAAGGGGGAAAAAGACAGUGCGUUUUGACGGUGGGACCAAUGUCGGCGGCUCUCAGGAGGAGGAAUGGUCUUGGGAGGCCGAUCGGCAGGGUAGCCAAGACAGCGCGACCAAAGACUCCGGGAUAGACACUUCUAGCACCUUCACGAGCAGUGAAGACAGCAACAGGGGCGAUCUGCCCAAGCAUCCAUUAUCCUGGCAAGUGAGCGAGGACGGUCAGAAGAUCAUCGGCCACAUGGUUUUGCGAAAAUCGGCCGGCUCCGCCGGAAGCUGUAGUAGUAUACUCGGACUAAAAGUUGUCGGUGGCAAGCUAUUGGAAGAUGGUUCCAUGGGUGCUCUGAUCGAGAAGGUGAAAAAGGGUAGCACGGCGGACGUAGAAGGUCAACUUAGACCCGGUGACGAGGUGAUCGCGUGGAAUGGGAGGUCCCUUCAAGGCAAGAGCUUCCGGGAGGUUUACGACAUCAUCACCGAGUCGAGGAUGGAGCCGCAGAUUGAGCUCGUAGUUGAGAGAAAGUUGUCGUCGACGACAACGGGCAUGGCGCUUGCAGGACCGGGCCCGUCGACGCCCAUAGCAUCCAGAAGAAUCGUUGCACAGAGCCAAUGGAGACAGAAACACGAGACCAUCUCCGGGCCUCCGACGCCGCAUCACAAAGGUCUUAAGAAAACUUUACUAUGGGAAUUGUACGACGCGAGGCGUGAGAAACCCUCGGUUUUAGUGACGUCGCCUGGCUCGCCGGACCUGCACGCCCAAGGACGCGGCCGACACUCCCGACAUCCGACCGGAAAUGCGAACGUGGGCGGUAGCAUCCAAGUGAAGCUGGGCUACGAUCUCGUGGGACUUCAACUGAUCGUCACGAUAAUAUGCGCCUCGGGUCUCACGCCAAAAAGCAACGGCCAACCUAGAAAUCCUUACGCCAAAGUUUUUCUGCUUCCUGAUAAAAGCGAAAAAUCGAAACGACGUACGAAGACUGUGGCGAACACGAACGACCCGAACACGAACGACCCGAGAUGGAAUCAGACUUUCGUUUACAAUGGAGUCAGACGUUCGGAGCUGAAGAAGAGAGCAUUGGAGAUUACGGUCUGGGACUACGCUAGGUACGAGGCGAACGAUUUCCUCGGCGAGACUGUCCUGGAAUUGGCAGUAUGUCUCCUGGACGAGGAACCAGAAUGGCAUUCUCUGACCGCUCACGGAGAGCACCGGCACGUCAGGCAUUACCAAGAUUCUGAAGAUAUGAUAGAUUGUCAUCUCAGUCCACCGUCGACCACCUCGAGAUUAAGUGACUCCGACACCUCAGAGUGCGACAUUACGGAUUACGACGUGUCGAGAGAACAAAGAAGAACAGCUGACGGUGCCAGCAUAAGCAGUAUCGGCAGUUCUUCUAGGUUUCAUAAUAUGCCGUCAAAUUAUAAGCGCCCGCCGCCGGAGAGGGAACUCUACGUCGAUGGCGAGCAUCGGAGUCGAAGAGAUAUGUCACCUCAGGGACGCAAAAGGGCAGCCCUAAUGAUUUCUCGUGACCAGCCUGCUUCUAUUUCGAGUUACCAGACAUAUCGUAAGGACGAGUUCCAUCGGGGAAUGAUGGGUCACAGGUCUCACAGCGCGGCACCUAUGGACUCUCCGAGUGUCAGAUACCGAGGAAGGUCUCAAAGUCCCACCGGUCAUCGUUCCUUGUCUCCACCCGAGCAUAGAUCCAUUCCAUACUAUAUACAUACGACGAGAUUCGGUUCAAGAUCGGCGACCGCCACACCUACUGGAUCGCCGAAGAAGCGUCAGCUACCUCAAAUUCCGGCAGCUUUGAAGGAAAGAGUCGCGCAAGAUUUUGAAGAACGAGCAAGAUUCAUGAGACAUCGCAACAGACCGUCGAUAUACAGGAGCACGGGUAUGGGAGGCUGGGAGAAGCAUUACAGCGGCCUUUCGGACUCGGAUCUUCCUUCAAUCGGACACGAUCCAUUGACGUUACAUAGUCACGCUCACAGAAUGCACAGGUCGAGGAGAGGGCAUUUAAGUCCCGACAAAGAUGUACUCGGCGAUCUUGGAGAUUCUGACAUGGAGAGCAUAGCUUCGGUAACGAGCAGUGCCUUUAGUACGCAAUCGGAACGACCACGUGGAUCGAGACUAAUGCCAGGGGCCGUCGGUCUGCUAUCGCGCCGGGCCAAGAGUUUCGAGUACGAGAGCAUUUCGAGCAACAUAUUCAGCGACGACAGUCUCAGGACGGCCAGGAGAAAGCUCAAGCGGAAUCUCUCUCUCAGCGACGCCGGGUACGGUGACAAGAUACCGGCGUUGGACGAUCAGAGCAAGUCCUACUACGAUUCUAACGGUGACGACAAAGUGCCUACGAGUCUCACGAACAAAGAGACGAAUUACGAUUUUCUACUCGAUCAGGACCACAAGUCAUUUUACGGAUACGACUCGGAGCUCAGUUGCGGCGAGACGGAGAUUUACGUUCCGAGUUUCGAUAAGCAGAACACCGAGGCCGACGAUCAAGCCUCGUAUAAUUCCGAUAAUGAUCUCUUCAGUGACAACGACCGCGCUAAUCUUAAGAAUAUUCUAGACAAGGAUGAGAAAAGUAAGAAGAAAUAUAUGGACGAAAGUUACUUGAACAACGACUCCUCAUAUAUUAGAGACAUUUCUUUGGAGGCAAGAUCCAAGAACGUAGAUAGCAACCUUCGUAAUUCGAUCAGUGAUAUCUAUUCCAGUAUUGAGGAGGCUUUUCCGUCCGGUAAAAGUUAUGAGCGUGAUAUUCUCGCGAGAUCCGCCACGAAGAUCCGUGAUGCCACUAACAUGGAUGAAUGGAGGUCGAAGGAUGUAAAGGGUAUUCUACGAUCUCGUGGAGCAACCGAUACCUAUCAGGAAAGUGGAUACAAGGAUCGCGAAAACUGGGAUACCGAUUACGACGAAGGAUUUAUAGAUCGGGAGAAAGUCGAAGACUACAAACAAAAGCAAUUUAGCUAUCGUGACAAGGGCCUUAGUGCCUUAAGAAUUGGCAGAUCAAUGCGCGCAGGCGAGUACUUUCACGACGUAACGAAAAGUUCUUGUGCCGUUCAGGGAAAAUGUUACGCACAGUCCGACGAUGACGACAGGAAGCUCAGCGAUUACACUAGUUAUCAUUCGACCGAUGACUACGAUUAUCGGACUGUGCGUACCGGUAAAAUGGAAACGUACGAGGAUGGAUCCGUGUCACGAAGACGAAGACGCAGAAGCAGGAGAGGCAGUAGUGACUACGAGAACCUGCGAGUUAGAGACGUGUCAGGCGCUCAGUCGAGAUUAACGGAGAAGAGAUUGAUGACGCUUCAACGAACGGAAUCCACGCCGACCCUACACUCGGACGAGGACCUGAGCUCGAUUGCGGAUCGCGCCAGACGCAUGUAUCGCCGCAGGCGGAACAGCAGCUGUCCAGAGAGCAGAGAUCUGCGAAUGUACGGUCCGCGUGGAAACGGUGAGAGAACGUCGAGAACUGUGCUGGACUCUGACGAGGAGUUCGGCUCGAUGGAGACGGUAAUCGGCGCCGAUUAUUUUCGUCGUACUUCGGGCUACGCUUCGGCGGACGCUAGAGCGAACGAUGACGUUAGAUCGGGCUUCUUUGACGCGGAACAAGAUCGUGGUAGUUACUUAGACGCAAGAUACGAUCACGAGGACCGAUAUCAGGAUCGCAGUUAUCCGGUGGCACGCGGGCUAGUUAGGUCAGGGUCGCAGCGUUCUUCGAGUCGCGAGGCGCGACACGUGUCGCGCAAUAGGCGUAAAAGUAGUUGCCCGGAGUGUCGUGAGCUAGCACUCUCCUCGGAAUUAGGUAGGUCGGGAUCGCUAUUGCGAAAGGGUGACGAUCCUCGGCGUUCAUCGUUAGACACGAAGCAUAGAUAUCGUAGGCGGAACAGCAGCUGUCCGGAGGCUAGGGAUCUCGAAAUGCUCGAGAAGAGGCCGCGUCAUCAGCAACUCAUGCAGCUCCAUCAGCAGCAACGGCGGUACCCGAGCGAGCAGUAUCAGCAACAACAGCAGCAGCAGCAGCAGCAGCAGCAACAGCAACGGCAGUAUCAUCAUCAGCAGCAGCAGCAGCAGCCGCCGUCGCAGCCGCCGCAGCAUCAGCAACCGCAGGGAAGUAGUAAGAGGAACGUGGCGAUCAGCGACACCCUCGAGUACUAUGAGUACUCGAUGGAGAGCGAGAGCCAGUGCAGCGAGAACUGCGGAUUUGGCCCGUGCGAUCCGCGUAGGCCCCGUAACCGAGCACCCCGCCCUGGUAACGCUAAUUCGAGUCUCUUUGAUUCCCAAACCGCUACCUCCGACACUGCUAAAAACUACCACCCACGGAUCAACGAUCAUCAUCACCAACACCCAUCAAACACGAAAACGUCGCCGCUCGCCAAUGUCGCCGAUGUGGCGUCGUCGUUCCUACCACCGUUGCCGCCGUCGUCCUCGUCAUCCGCCCGACGGCGAUCCCGAAAAAAAUCCGCUUAUGACGUCGACGUCGUCGCCGCCGUCGCCGAUCGUCGCGACGACGACGACGCUCGGAAUCGUCGUUCCUCAUCUAUGCCUGAAAGCAGCGAGUACACCAGUCAGUCGAGCUCGUACGAGAAAACGUCCAGUCGCCAGGUCACCGACAACGGGCACGGCGAGCGUGACAAGAGAAGUCAGUUCACCAGGAGUCUCAGUAACGCCGAUGUGCCGCAGGACGAGAAAGACAUGGGUAGUUUCAGCGAUACCGCGAUUGCAUUGAACGUUGAAGAUGCAGUGAGGAGGGGCCGUAAGAGCUCACCGGGAAGUAAAAGCGGAAGUGGCAGCAGUAGCGGAAGUGCGGUGCAGUACCAGGCGGGUCUGGGCAAGAAGAGCAAUAGCACCAGCCAAUUAUCCGCGACAGAGUGCAGCGGGAUGAUCAUCGGCAUUGGUGGAAGCGCCAGCGCCGUGGCACGCAGUGCCGGCUUAACGAGCCGGAAGCGUAACAGCACACCGGGCAGCAUACAACGAUCCGAGGAGGUCAUGCCGGCCUACCAGCGCUUUGACAACAAACUGGCAGGAUCCGCAGCCAGCGAUACCGCCGGAAGUCUCAACUCGAUCUCUAGUUCCGAAGGAAGCUCUUGGUCUCCCAGUCUGCGAAUGGCAGGCGAAGGGCAGUUGAGAGACUUCAUCGAAGAUCUUGGACCGGGCCAAGUGGUCGGAAGGCAAGCACUCGGUGCCCGUUGCCUUGGCGAGAUUCAAUUGUCGUUGAGCCACACGAAGGGUUACCUUGAAGUAGAGGUCAUACGUGCCAAAGACCUUAAAGCGAAACAAGGCAGCAAAAUAAUACCAGCUCCUUACGUGAAGCUGUAUCUGGUGAACGGUAAAAGAUGUAUAGAGAAAGCGAAAACCACGAUGGCCAGAAAAACAUUGGAUCCAUUUUAUCAGCAAUUAUUGGCUUUUAAAGAAAACUGCCGGGGUUGUAUAUUACAGGUGACAGUAUGGGGUGACUAUGGUCGGAUGGAGGGGAAAAAAGUGUUCAUGGGUAUUGCACAGAUCGUAUUGGAUGAGCUGGAUCUCAGUCAGAUGGUGUUCGGAUGGUACAAGCUGUUUGACACCCAAGCCCUGGUCAGUGGAGCUGCAUCCCUUGCUUUAUCCCGUCGAUCUUCGGUCACGUCGCUCGAUUCUUUUAAAAUCUAAAAGAAUGACUGCCCGAAGAACGUACCAAAAUAUUCCUUUUAUACGUAUUUUCUGAGGAGUUCUUUAAGUUUCUUACAGUAGACAAAGUAGAGCAAACACAAAUUGAGUUCGAGCUCCUAUCGCGGUGCACCUAGUCGCUUUUAUCAUUAACAAAAUAUCGAAAUGCACGAGUCGAUGUACAAGAUAGUAUUACGUUUACUUUAACUGGUUAAACAAUUAGAAAGUGUAUGGAAAUUGUUAUAAACGUCUUUAAUAAUUUUAAGUGACACGCAUUAAGUCAUCUCUUGAUGAUAUUACAUGUAGUAUCAAAUAAAUAUAUUAGGGGAUAGAGAAUUCGGAUUACCGCUAUAUCCACUAUAUUAAAGUUGAGAGAGAGAGAGAGAGAGAGAGAGAAGUAUCUAGAUAAUUCUCUAUCGUGUCGUAAUAUUACAUAUUCUUCACUACAAUUGACAGAAUCGAGAUGAAUCUUAUACGCCCUACGCGUACCCUCCGUAGGCUAUUAAUGUCGAAGCCUAAAGCUACUUAACGAGUGACGUUCGGCUCUGAAUACGGUAAAGUCAGUUUAACAAACAUAUUACAUGAGGAGUGCACAGUACGAGAAGUACGAUUGGUACGGAUAAUAGAAAAUUCUGCGGGACCGGAAUGAAAACGAGAGAUAUAAGCAACGCAAAGGCGAUGCGAGAAUUCGGAAAGAGCGAAAGAACGUACGAAAGGACAUGUCUUUCUAGAAACACCACUAGUACAUCACAUAUCAUGUACGGCAUAUCAGACGAGCCACUAGUCUGUAUGUAGACUAGAUGUAGACGUAGCAGCCAUGUUCCCGGAGCGCCAGAUAGUUUUAGUGAAAACAAACUAAAUCAAGCAAGUUCGGGAUAGAUGUGAACUCAAAUGUGGUGUACUAGAUAAAUAAGAUGUGAAACGAUCAAUGACACUCGUUUUCAGUGAAUCUAAAUGUGGUUAAGUGAGUAAGAAAUUCAUGAACACAGUGAGAAAUAUGAAGCGAGGAACGAUCAUGGACUUCAUUUAACCGGCAUGCGGCAGAGAGAUUAAAAAUGUUGAGACAUUCAAAAUGAGAGGACAUUUCCAAACUUUGUAUAUAAUUUAGGACAGUUCAAGUACUAAAUGCCGAUCUCCGAAACGAUCGGCUAAAAAGACAUUUAUCGUUGUCAAAUUUUUAGUAAAAAAUGUCACCAUCAGAGCAUAUAUUAUUUAAUGUAAAUAUUAUAAUAACACUCUGAUAUGAGAAUUUGCGAUAUGUGCGCGCAGGUUUGAAUGGGUAAUGACGUUUACUUUAUAUCCUCGUUAACUUACGGUUUCUACGAUGAUCGUCGUUAUAGUUUCGGCAUAUUUUCCGUUAAUUAUAUAAACUCGAUCUAAUUUAACGUUUUCUAAGUUAGCAUCGGAAUAAUUAGAAUGUACGAUGAUAUAAUUAAUUACACACAAUUUGUUCCCUGAAUACUGACAUUUAUUAGUUAUCGUAUUAGUACGUGUUACUUGGCUUUUUAAAUAUCGUUUAGUAAUCUGUGUCCAAAAAAAGUGAGGUAAUUAUUAUGACGUAGAAAAUAUGGAGCAGGCAUAUAUACUAUGUUUCUCAAGUACGAAGCAGACUGAUAAAUCGAUUCCUAUACAUCUAGUUUGGAUCUUUUCGUUAAAUUAGCAUUCUCGAAGCCAGAACGAAGAAGCUACAUCUAAACAGUUACGAAUUAGCUUUGUUUGAAAGUUUCGUUUGGAAAUUUUAUUCACACGUAUAAGAACCAGUUUUUGAAACAAAUUGAGAAAACAAACCGCCCAUAUAACUCGCGUAAACGAGACGCGUCGCGGCAAAAAUUCUCUUUCGUACUGAUUUUUGUACAAAAAACAGUGAAAUGCCAUUAAAUAUUUAAGAGGCUUUGUAAAUCUCUGUAAGAAGCGCGUAAAAGAAAUGCUUGCAAUUAAUUUUAUAUCUUAAUUAUCGUGCUAUGUGUUCGAUCUUUCUUCGUGCGUAUCUCGAACACUCGCGAAGAUAUAUUCAGCGAGCAUGCACAUGCACGUCUGCUGUGAAUUAGUAAAUAAUUACAUUUGUGCCCUCUGAAAGCGAGAGAGAGAGAGAGGGGGGGGGAGUGUGUGAGUGAGAGGGAGAGAAAAAAAGAAAGAUUGAAAGACAGAGAGAAAGAGAGAAAGAUUGAGAGAAAAAGAAAGAACAUUAUUUUUUGUAUAGUUUUGGCAUAUAAUCUCUGUGUGAAAGACAAAUGUUUCAAUUUAAUUAUAAUGCACGAGAUUUGAAAGAAAAAAGGGAAAAAAGGGAAAGUUUGAAGAGAAGCGAGUUUUCAAUAUUUUUCAAGCAUUUUUGCGAUUUGUGUAAGAUAUUUGUGUCACAAUUUAGAUGCACUUUUGCGAAUCGAUACGUUGAUCGAAUGCUAAAAUUGAGGAAAUUUGCUGCGCGAAUUUUCUUUGUGAGUCGUCAUGAAGUAAGCUUUUUAUGUAACAUGCUUUGGAUUACGAAUCGUCGUACAGUUGGAAGGUACUCCUUGGAUAUUAUUGAUAAAAUUGACAAGUGUGGAAUGCAAGCUUCAAUAUAUAUGGCUAUAUUACGUAUAUUUUUGUAAAUUUCCGAUUUACUAUAAAAAUUUGCUAGAGAUAUAGGUUCGAAUGUAGGAAAAGUUUCUAUAAUUCGCGUUACUUGAAUCAUAAAAAUUGUAACAAUCGACACUUAAUGACGAUCUCUUAUCACAAUUCUUAACUAUGAUUGACCAAGUAUAAUAUUUUGCUUUGCAAUUUAAAACAAUCGUCUCAUUCGCACUCGCGUUUUCGCUCUCAACUGUAUCAAUGUUUCUAUGCAAUAUUCGCGACACGAUUUUUUGAGGUAAGAUCGAGAAUAAUGUAAGCGCGAAGUUUGAUACGCGUGCUGAGAUUAUAUCGAAAUGUCAUCGAAAUACAUGCAAUCCGUCGUUAAGUGAGUAUGACGUAAGACUUAGCUUAGAGUUUGAUGAACGAGUAUCGUUAAUUUACAGAUGAGCUAUGUAGAUGUCAUCGAUUAUCCGAUUGUUCACCGAUAAAUCUUAGGUAACGUAACUUUCUCGUAAUCGAUCGAGCUUUAGGGAGAGAACGAGGGGGAUUGUAUAAAUGGGUGGUAUCUUAUCAUAUCUAUAACAUGCUUAAAUUAGAGGCGUAACAGCAAAAAGAAAGAAGCUUUUUUACUCGUGAGAAAACAAAGACACAGAAAUGUAGAGUUCUAUCCGAAGACAAAGAAAUGUAUAUGUAAAGUACUGUGACAAAAAAAAAGAUAUUACUGUAAGCUGAUUUCUAAGUACAUAUUUUGCAAGUGCACGAACUUAUCAAGAUCGUGGGACGUAUACACGAGUAUAAUUCCGUAAUAGUUAACUGAUAAAAUAUACAAGACUACUAGGUAAAACUUUUCAGUUUGUAACGCAUCGUUUACAGACGGCUGUAUAAGAUUCUCCGCGAAAUUGACACUCGACACUCGUCUCUUCGCGAGCUGUUUCUUACGUUUUCGACAAGUAAAACGAUUGAACACAAAUCCGUUUAAGUUACAUUUAGAGUUGAGAGAAUCGUAGAAUUUGUAUAUCAUGAAAAACUUGCGAAGACUGCGCUCGCGUAAGCGAUCGAGCAAUUUGGGAAACUGAUUAAUUCGCAAUUGUUACGUGACUAUGCGCACUGCGAAUAUUAGAGUAGUGACCAAGUGGCAGACAAAGUCGUUCUCCGCGUGUCGAGAAGGAUUGUGUGCCAUAAAAUUUACGAGAGUAACGAAAGUAAUGUAAAUUCGCUCAUCGCGAAAUGAUGUUUAUAGUAAUAAUACUAAUACAAUUCGUACGAUACCGAUUAGAAUCGUUGAUCUGUCAUGAGAAACAGCGCGAAGAGUGCACACGUCGAUUUCUAUUCUUGCCAUGCCCAUUUGUACAUAGGCAUGCUCAAUUCUAGGAUCGCGGACAGGCGCAUCACAUGAAUCACAUACAUACAUAUAUACAUAUAUGUGUAUGCAUUAUGCAUAUAUACAUAUGUAUAAUAUUAAACUACGAAACCACGAGACACAAAUUAUUAUCCAACUUUGUACCUAUAUAUUAUUAAUUAACUCAAUGAAAGAGAUCGGGGUGAAACCCCGAGAACUAUUAUCGAUUCGAAUAGUAGAGGCUAAUGCGAAGAUGGGCGUAUAAUCGAGAAAAAAAAAGAUAUAACGAAUUAUUAUAACAAAAAAAAAGGAAUAUUUCGCGAAUGAAAAUGCCUGAGAGCCAAGGGGUACCACUUUUGUCAAAUUUAGAAAGCCAAUUUAGGUUUACAAUUACGAUAGGGUGUACAUGGUGUAUUAGGGCGAUAGGGUGUGUGCAUCCGUGUGUAUAUGCAUCGAAUGUAUGAGAUGAGAAAAGAUAUGGGCGAGAAAGGGGGAAAAAAGAGAAAGAGUGACAGAGAGAGAGAGA